CGCACACUCAUUCUCUUCCUCCCGUUCACUCGUGACUCGCUCUCGUGUUUCUCAACUAAAACGAAGAACUGAAAAAUAAAUCAACAGAUCAUCUGCUUUCUCCGAUUUCCAUAUUUCCUGUGUUCUUAUGUCGUGUAGAUUCCCUCUCUUUUGCCUGGAACUCAAUAACGCAGCAGAUUGAAAGCCAAAACCUUUAAAUUUGGUGCGUUUAUGUAAAGAUUAUCAAUGUCAGAAUCGAAGUCAAAUCCUCAGAGUAGUUUGCGAUGCCAUCAUUGUGCUGGCCCUCUGACCAAAGAGAUGGAAACUAGUCAAUGGACUGUUCGACCUCUAAUCAGAGAUAGCUUUUCCAUGAUUGGCUCUGCUGUUGGUGGUACAGCAAGUGCAUUUUAUGGAUUCAACCAUGUGAUGCCAGUAGUCCGGAGAUGGGUAAAAGGACCAAUGUGGCUCCAUUUCUUUAUUGGUGCACCUCCUGUAAUAGUAUUCUCUUCAGCUUGUGCGGGAUUGGCAGGUGGUGCUGUUCCGGCGCUGGCACAGCUUGCUUCCUCUUCUUACCAUGCAGCAUUCUCAUCUCCUUCGUCACCUCCUUCCUCUCAGGAUGAUAAAAGGCAGAAGUCCAGAAAUUCCUCCACUCUGUAAGAUAUAUUUUCUUGGUCAGUGUAUCUGUGCAUCAGUACACAUGGGGGGGAGAGAAUGCCUUUGUAUAUUGUCACUGCAAGCAUGUGCUUCUUAGGGCCUUGCAAUCAUAUGCUUCUGUAGUUUUGCAAAGUAACAUCGACUUAGCUUUUUAAGAAGUUACCAUCAUUUUUGUUGAUAUUUAUUGUCUGUAAGUUUUAUAUCUGCAAUUUUGGAGGAUGGUAAUGACUUGCAUCCUUGUUAUGAUAUCAAUGAACACUCAUUUUCCAGCAUUGCCAAUUUGUUGAAAAUGUUUCAACUUUCAAGAAGUACCCAUGCCUCUACUUUCAGAAGGUUUCAGGUUAGAGUUUUUCUUUGUAACACAAGGUAAAACUUCAUGAAUGCUCAAUAAACAUGAGAAUCUAUGUGGAA